ACUUCCGGUUUGUAAAGGCUGUUCCUGUAGUGUACACAUGGCAGCAGGUUGAGGUUUAAUGAGUUAGUUAAGCAGAUGUGUGUUAUUGUUUAGGAUUGUUGUAUCUGUUGGAUGUGUGGUUAAUGUGCUAAAACGGAUAAUAGAGUAGCUGCUGUAGAAACCUCAACAUGGUGUGGAUUAGCAGAGUGUGUUACAGGAAGGGUCACAGGCAAGCUGGAGCCUAUCCCAGCUGACUACGGGCGAAAGGCGGGGUACACUCUGGACAAGUCGCCAGGUCAUCACAGGGCUGCGAACGGUCUAUUCCAGAGAUUGCCGAAGCAAGUGCGCAACAAUGUCACGUGACCACCAUGGGGGGGCGCGUGUUUGACCUACUUUUAACCAAAACGAGUCCGCAUGGGCAAACGUAGCGGAUUCCGCUCUCCCAUCAGCUAAAGAAAAGGAAAAUAUGAAAGUGAAUCAGUUAGAAAGCUCAGCAGAAAAGUGAUGGAAACCAAAAAAAAGGUUGUUGUGAAGGGACAGAUCGACCGCUGAAAUCGACUGAAGGAUGAAAUGGGCAUGAAAUCUGACGAAGAAUUUGCAGCGCUUGUCUUGGAUUGUAUGGGAACUUUGUGGAUAACCUGCGGCUGUAUGCAAGGGGUGGGAGCGGUGGCAUGGGCUUGCCCCGAAUGGGAGGACAAGGUGGAAAUGGAGGAGACGUCUGGGUGGUGGCUAAAAAAGACCUCACAGUGAAACGUAUCAAAGACAAAUUUCCACAUAAACGCUUCAUUGCUGGUGUGGGCUCCAACAGCAGUAUCCGUGCACUGAAAGGAGCAAAAGGAGGGGAUGUGGAAAUCUCUGCUCCCAUUGGAAUCUGCGUGACCACAGAUGAUGGGAGGGUUUUAGGAGAGCUGAACCAUGAAGGACAAAGGGUUCUAGUAGCUAGAGGUGGUCUUGGCGGAUCUCUUCACUCUGAGUUUUUACCCAGUAAAGGACAGGCCCGGCACAUCCGCCUGGAUCUCCGGCUCAUUGCAGACCUAGGUCUUGUGGGGUUUCCUAAUGCGGGCAAAUCUUCUUUACUCAUGGCUCUGUCUCAUGCCACACCUCAGAUUGCCAGCUAUCCAUUCACAACUCUGAGACCUGAGAUUGGCAAGGUGAUGUAUGAGGACCAUAAGCAGGUGUCCGUGGCGGACUUGCCCGGCUUGAUCGAGGGUGCUCACAUCAACCGAGGCAUGGGCCACAAGUUUUUAAAACAUGUAGAAAGAAUGAAACAGCUCAUGUUUGUGGUUGAUGUCUGUGGGUUUCACCUGGCCAGUAAAACACCAUUUAGAUCUGCAUUUGAAGCAGUGCAGCUACUCACAAAGGAGCUGGAGUUGUAUAAAGAGGAGCUGCUGUUGAAGCCAGCUGUCCUGGUGGUUAAUAAGAUGGACCUGCCUGAUGCUGAGGAGAAGUUCAGAGAGCUGGAGACCCAGCUCGAGAAUCAAGAGGAGUGGAGUCAUUUCCUGCCUGAGGACAUGAUACCCAAAAACUUUCUCCAUUUUAAACACACCGUUCCUGUUUCAGCCCUGACUGGCCUCGGACUGCACCAUCUUAAAGCAGUCAUCCGUGAGUUACUGGAAGACCAAGAAACCAUAGAAUCAGAGAAACACCAUCUAGAGAAGCUUCAUGAGCUAAGACGGGAGAUUCCUGUUGUUUCUAAGCCUGUUUGGGGCCAACUUCACCCUGAGCCCUUAAACUGGAAGUGAACCUGUAAUGGUCAUUAUUGCCACCAGUUCACUGGACCUAUAAUCUGGACUCUUGAUUGAUCUCAGUGAUUUGGUCUCCCAUUAAAAGUCCACCAAUAACUAGUCUCUUCUCAGAGCUGGCUGGAAUGAAGAGGAAAUAAUAUUUAUGAUUGUAAUAUUUUUACAGUCGUGUAUCAAUAUAAGCACUGUAAAUAAAACUGUUGCUUUAUUUCA